UAUAUCACAUUAAUUAUAUCUUCAUGUUGUAUAUAAGAAUUUUGCAAAUACUUAUAUCUGAUUGUUAAAUUACGAGAAAAACAAAUGUAUGUACGUACCUAAAUGAGUUCAACAAUCAAAUUUCGCGCGCUGACAGUAGAGAUAACAGUCCGUUGAUUUGGCGCCUAAACUAAUAAAAAUAGCGGGAGUUUACGUACGUCAGCGUACAGUUGGUUAUGGCAAUUGGCUCAGGCACGUCAUACAAAGAUUUUGAAAGUCUUCAACGGAUUUCUGGCUUGUACGUAUUUACUCGUAUAUAAGGAGGAAUGUCUCAACCGUCAGUAACAGCGUAUUUUAAUACGCGUAAGCGUCAAGCAACUGACGACCUGCGAAGCAAGGCAAAAGUUUUGCUUCUUGAUCAGGAGAGAUCCAGAUCGGUGAAUAACCAAAUUCAAGCGUCGAUUAACGAGGACAAUUCCGAGCCAUUAGCAGGAACGUUAGCUCCGAUUCAAGAGGAAGAAACAAUGGGCACGAGUCCGAAGGUUAUCUUAGUCCCUGCCAAGGAACCAGAUGAUGAUCGUACGUCAAGGCCCAAUACAGCUGUUCGGAAUAUCCAGUUUGAUUCUCCUAAGUCGAGUGGCCAAAAAACGCCCAAGCACAGUACUCGCGGACGAAUGAUUCGUUCGCGAAAAUUAUCUGGCCACGAGGAAGGCCAAGCAGAUAUCAGGGAGAGCUUUCAGAAGCUCACCGAGGAUUCCGACACUAAGAAGGUGCUCUUCGAGAAGAAGGGUGCACUGAGUCCAAGGAAAAAACUUCUAGAAACGCCUAAGAAGAACAAUUACUUCACUGAGAACGAUCAUUUCACUAACAAUGAUCAUUCCACUGAGAACGAUCAUUUCACUGAGAAUAAUCAAUCUACUGAGAACACAAGGAAUGUCUCAACUGAUCAAUCAUUGGUUAACUGUAUGACACCAAAGAAAGCUUCAACUAUGGACAGUUUGGCGAAGCAGGAGUUAUCCUUGAAUGAUAUAAGAAAUAAAAUUAAGAAAUCUUCUAAGCUUACGGAGUUGAAAGCUUCUUUGACUCGUUUUAAGAAUUACGAGCAAAGUCUAGGACAGUUACACAAACAGAACGACAAGAAACCGCAAAUACAGAAGUUCGAGAAGAUCCAACUUGAGAUACCAGUUAGCCCGAAAAAAGCAUAUAAAUCUCCUAGUAAGAUAAUAUUUAGUCCUUUGAAAGACAAGCAACUGAUGAACGUCAGCCCUCAACGUAGAAUUUUAUUCGAGCCUAAAGAAUCAACACCAAGCCCUGUGAAAGGUAGCCCAACUAAAGCACCUGCUUAUCAACAAUACUUAACACUUACUGAAAGUGCUACUCCUACUUUGCCAUUGCCGUAUCACUAUAGAUUUUUGGCAGAGGCGUUCAGAUGCGUUGAUACAAUUUCCGCAAUGUUGUUUAAUCGUAAAGAAACAAUAACUUUUAAAAAGCUGAAACCUGCAGUUCAAGAGCUGUUGCGUAAAAAUUUCACAUUGGAGCAUUUAGCACAGAUCAAGACCAUUUUCCCGGAUGCGUACGUUUACAGUCAAGAAAAGCAUCAUACAUUUGGUUCCUCGUCUAAACAAGAUAAAUAUGAAUUAAUUCUAACACCGAUUGUUGAAGAAAGAGAUGGAAGAAAUACCCCAGAUGCAGAUGAUGUUUUGAAAACAGCAUUACAAGUCAGUAUGGGACCGCGAGUGUUGCUUGAUAGACGAAGGAAAUUUUACAAUAUCUUGCUUGAUAAAGUAAAGGACGAGCACGAAAAAUUUUUAGUUAAUUUGGAAACGCCAAUGUAUGUUCCAAAAGAAAAAAUUCUGCGUUGGCAUCCUGAAUUUGAUGUUGAAACUUGUAAAUCAAUUGGACAAUCUGAUUUACCACAACCACCUAACGUGGAUAGAAUGACAAGUGCAAAGGAUGUUCUUGACAAAGCAAAAUCUUUAUUCAGUUGUGGCACACGCAUGGAAAAAGCGUUGCAACGAUUGGCAGAAGCAAAGAUGACUUCAAAGACUCUUUCUCCAAAGAAAGAUGAAGUAAAUACUGCUACUCAAACCGAUGUGCAAAAAGUUAAUAUUACUAUCAUGGAUACUCCACCAAUUACACCUACUGUACACAAUAAUUAUCUUACUAGUGCACUAAAAGGCAUACCAAAGGCUCUUCUUGAAAAGAUUCGUGCUAAACAAGCUGCUAAAGCGUUGGAAGCUAUGACACGUUCACCAAAUGCUGAAAAAGAGGCUAUAAUGUAUUCAAGAUUACCUGAAUUGGUUAAAGUUUUGCGUAACAUUUUCGUAGCUGAGAAAAAGGGAGUUUUAACAUUGGAAUUUGUAAUUACUAAGUUGGAAAAUUCCCUUAAAGCUAAAUUAACUCCUGCUGAAUUAGAGGAGCAUUUACGUUUAUUGUGUAAAUUGCUACCUACAUGGACUAGUAUACAUAACGUGCGAAAAGUAAAUUAUUUGAAAUUGCAGAAGGAAAUCGAUCUUACAAAGGUAAUAAAAAAAUUAGAAAUCAUAGCUAAUGACAAAGUAAAAUCAUCAUGACAUUUAUGAUGUAAUGAUUAUUCCCUUUUUUUUCUUGCUUCAAAUUGAAUUAUAUAUAUGCAUUUAAUUCUGAUCAAUUCAUUUGCAAAAUAUUUGCUGUUAGUUAUUAUUGCACUACGUUCUCAAACAAUUUUAUUUUAAGUAGUUGUGAUUAAGAAGAAAAGAAAGUAAAUUAAGCUUUUUUCUUGCUCGAUAAAUAUCUGAUUUAUUUUGUGCUAAACAUGGGUUAACUAUUUGUUAUACUUUAUAUAAAUUCAUAAUAUUUUUAUAAAAUGUAUUAUAUAAUGGUAAUACAAUUUUUUAUAUAAGUAUCCAACACUAUCUUUUUUUCUUUGCUUUAUGAAAAAAGUUAUUUAACUCUUUCCAGUCCAAAUUAUUUUUCAAUUUUUUUUUCAACUAGUAAUUAAAAAAUGUCGAGUGUGACUCGGCCACAGACGAGAUAUAUGAAUAUAUGAUCAUAUGAUCAUAUGCAUAUCUCUUCUGUGAAGUUAUAGACGAGGUAUAUGAAUAAAUAUUGCAUCCGAUGUAUUUUUUCGGUAAUAAGGUCCUCAGGACCUUACUAUUUUUGUGUUACAUCCUGUUGUACCGAUUUUACGACCGCAGCACUACUAGUAGUAAAAAUCCUUUAUUAAAAAUCCUUUUCCCAAUGUUAAAUUUAAAAUAUUAUGUUUUUUAUAUUUUCAUUUCCUGUCGAACAGAACAGUAUGAGACAAGAUAAAAUUCUCUUAGAAUGCACCUCGAUAAGUAUGCUUUGAAUAAGAAAUCUGAAACCUAUGUACCUUUAAAUAUUUUGUCAGGAAUUCGUCAGGCUGAAUCGUUCUUAGGUUUGGUCAAGGAUCAAAGUACAAAGUACAAAGAUAUACGUAUUUUUACGUCAAGAAACUACGGCGUGAAAAAUCUAUUUUGUUCCAAUAAAGUUCUGUGAAAUUGUAAAGUAUAAGUUUUCCUCUUAUUCCAUGAUCUGCAAAAAAGACGUUCAACACUGGUUGAUUUUGCGAGAUAUAUAAGAGUAUAUUUCGUAGAUAUGUUUAUAUUUUUCAUUAAAUUUUCAUGAAAUAUCAAAGAAUUAUAUUAAAUAAAUAAGAAAGUUCUUUUAUUGUCAUAAUAUUGAUAGACAAAGUAGUUUAUAGAAAAAUUUCUAAUAUUUUGAUUAAUAAGCGUAGUUUUUAACUAAUGAAUUAUAGAAUUUAUGUCAUCUGUCAUAACCAAUACACUGCAUAUUAAUAUUUUAAUAUUUAAUAUUAUUCUAUAUAAUAAAAUAUACAAUUUGAAAAUUUUGUUAAAAAAUACGUAAAACCAUGUAUUAAUAAUUUUAAAAUUUUAACUUAUUAUAUAUUAAAAAAGUUGUGAUAAAUCCGUGA